AAUAGCAGCAUGCAGCAGAAGUGAUGAAAAAUCGGGGUGCACCUCAAGACUAUCGAUUACGUCCUUAGUGACACGUUCCGGUUGCCACAACACAUUCGCCGAAAAACAGCCCGGCGAAAGGACGACGACAAGGACGUGAGUGUUCAACCCCUGGGGUGCAUUUUCUGUUUCUCGUCCGAAAGUCAAAGACUACCGGGCCAGGAGGUUCAACACAUUAGAGAAUCAGUGUCAGGCGCAAGUUGCAACCGAGAAGAAGUUUAUAUUUUCUUCGGUCCAUUUCGAGCCGGCUGAAGGGCCCCGGGAAAGACCCAAGAGGGAGUCUUUGUGGACCGAUACUGGCGCUCGCCUUUCAAAGGUGCUCCCAGGCCCAGGACUGUUUGUGUAAGAGAGCGGAAGAAGAGUGACCAUCGUCUUGGAAUUUUUUGCUUACUGGUGCCAAGCGCUACUUCCGGUUCCCGGUACUGACUGGAUCAAACGGAAAGAAAUUCUACUGCAUCGGUGUGUAAGGAAAAUCCCCUCCGAACAAAGAACACAGCCCGUCGGACAGAAUGGUGCUUCUGUCGGAUAUCUACUGCCCGGAGCAGAUUGUGAUUCCGGAAAACUUUAACAACGUGCUCAAAGUUUAUGCCAAAGCUGUCAUCCGAACGCAGCCCUAUGAUUUAUUGCGCUGGUCAGCCGCGUACUUCCGGUGUCUGUCGCUGUCCAAACUUCCGCCGGUGAAGCCCCGCUACGAGCCGGAAGUCCGCCGGGGUCAGCUGUCUGCCGGAGCGCUGCGGGUGCUAAUCGAUCAGCUCGGCAAAGGAUACUUCAUUCAGCGGCCGGUCCUGCAGGACAAGUGGCAAGGGCUGUGCCUCCCGGAAGACCAACUAUUGACCAUUCUGUCACUGCUCCGGAUGCUCGAUUGGACCCAUUUGCAUUGGCUGAAAAUUGUUGCCAUCUAUGUCGGGAUGCUCAGUGACAGUUUGUCCCGGACCGCCGAAAUGAUCUGCGAGCUGCUGACAGAGGAACCGGAAGGAGGAUCGGCCCCAAUUCCGCUCUGGAUGUUCCAGGAAUGCUUCCGCACUGUGGCAGCGUUGGACUGUAGCUCGGUUCAAACUUUUUUCGACGGCAGGAAGGUCUUAGCGGAAGGUCAGCUGGAACCCAAACGACCGGUGACAGAAAUGCCAAAAGUUUUAUCAACAAUUUCAUUUAAAAAUGCCAUCAUUGACAAGUACAAGAGCAUCAUGGAUACCCUACCCACCGAACCUGAAGCUGCAGAGCUCCACUUCACAGAGGAUCGCUUUUCCGAGAUAUCCGAGGUCCCGUCCAGGUUGGAUUCCGAUUUUCGGUUCGUUGGAGACGAAACCGACCCGUACGAGGUGGUACGUCGGGCGCCAGAUUUCGAUAGCGUAAUCGUGCUGAUGCGAAACAUCAAGGACGAAAGACUUCAGCGGGAGUUGGAGACGGCCAGCAUUCCGAGCAUUCGGCUGGAACAGGCCAAGGAACGAGCCCAGCAUCUUGACAGUUUGAAGGAAACACUGCCGGAGUACGACUACGAGCAGUUGCUGGAAGCUGAGAGGCUUCAGUUGUUCCGCGACAUGGGACCACCUUGGCUGAUGCUGUAUUUGUUUGCACGGAAGAAUCGUCGAGAUUCAUCCUACAACUAUUUGGAAGAAACCUCGUUGGAAGACGAAGAUGCUGGGUCAGUUUACUCAAAUGAAAGCUUCUUUUUGAAGGGGGCUCACAAACUGGCUAGUCCGGAACCGGAAUUGGAACAGGUUGAGGAGGAGGCAGAAGAGGAAGAAGGAGCGGUGGAGGAAUCAUCGGUUCAUUCGGACGACAGUUCUACCAAUUCUGCGACCUAUGUGACCAAACAGAUUAUUUGCAAAAUUCUCGCCAUCGUUGACGAUGCAAUUGCUGAUGGCCAUUGUGAACUAUCUGUAGGAUCGAUUUCAAGCUACUUGAAAGAAAAGAGUAGCGAAGAAGCUGGCGUAAGCCCUGAGGAUUUUAAAACGUUUCAAGACUUUCUGGUGGAAGCCGACAAGAAGGAGCUGGAGGUAUCGGACUUGAACGAGUUGUAUCACCACUUCGUGGAUGAGGGAUUCAAGGCAGCCGGAGUGACCCUGGUGAAGAAACCUAGCCAUGAAAUAACCUCGAUCUUUGAAGCCAGUGGAAUCGAAGUGGAUCGGAAUCUGCUAGGCACUGAAAUGUCCGAGCAUAUGAUCCUGGGAUUGGUUCCGGCACCGCCGGAAGAGAAGAGCGAGAUAUCCGUUACGGAAAUAAUAGAAGAAUCUAAAGAGCCCACUCCCAGCAUCAGUGAAGAAUUAACCGGCUCUGGUUUGGUGCAAUCAGAAGCAGCCACUCAAACGGACGCCCUCAACGCCAAGUGUAUGGAGCUUAUGCUUCGAAAAUCUACAAUGGUCAAAGACCCGGAGCCAGCGAUUGAAUUCAAUUGCAUGAUACCUCCGAUUGCUGGCAUUGGCCCGGAGCUACCGAGGGACCUGAUCGAAGCUUUUUUGGCAUAUUUGAACAAACGAGCCUUGCAUCAGAAUGGAAUGGUGUAUCCGAGGAAUUUUAAAGAACCAGGUUGCCCGAAACUCGAUUGAAGUACUCUUUUAUUUUUAGUAAAUUUUUAUUUGUUCUUUUUG